CAAAAUUUGACCCGAAGAUAUUAUUGUUUUCUCUGACUCUCUCAUCCAAAAUUUUUGCUGAUUUGAUCUUUUGAGAUGACCCUCUUCUUUCGCUCACCGUAAUCUAUCUAUCGUCUCCAUCUGUGUCUCAACCCCUUAACUUUCUCUCUCUCAGAUCUCUCCUUUUCUCUCUCUUCACUUGACAAUGCUUGCUAUAAAAUGGCAUUUCCAUUGCUCCUUUUCCCUGAGUCUCAGUUCAAGGUUGGAUCUUUACUGAAAUUGCCUAAUCCCAACAGCUCAGUAAGAUAUAUUUCUCAUUGGAGAAAAUGCAUUUUUACGUUCACUUGGAAGUUUGAAAAGAAAAAAAGGCGAAAAGGCGAUGAAAGGUGUAAAAGAUGUAGAGAAAGAGGUGACAUGUUUUGAAGAGGAUACUGUGCCUUAUCAUCGUUCAAAAUCACUUGUCAUGCUACCUCGUCCAGCAUCUUUAAGCAAUGUUUCUAUUUCAAAGCAGAAAGUGCUCCCUAACUCAACAGAUAUUUAUUCUCAUUGUUCUGUUGGAUUAAUAUCCAAACGUUCACUAAGGAAAACCAACCCGUUCAUCUUGGACCCAAUGAACGAUGAAAGAGUGAAUUUGACGAUGGAAACUCUCAAGUAUGAAAAUAUUGAAUUAUACAGUAUCCUCGAAGAAAAUCGUAAAAUUUCCGAAAACAAUUUUGCCUCUGUAUAUGGAAACAAUUUUUCUAAAGUUUUGCUAAAGUCAGAGGCGGUUACUGAUGGUAUGUUCGAAAGAGUUAAAAGAAAAAGAUGUGAUAUCUCACCACAGCUGUAUCCUGGAUCGGGAGACUGUAAUAAACCGGGUAAAAUAGAAUGGAUAAUGAAGGAGAGCCCCGAAGAAAAAUAUUCGGGUAAUUCGGACGAAAAGAGAGAUAUGCCAGACAGUAGAAAGGAAGAAUCUGUACAAAGUUUUCACUUAACUCCUGAUGAUGUCGUGAAAGUUAUUGGUCAGAGGCUGUUUCAGAAAGCAAGGCAUACAAUUCUAGACCAGCAGAAAACAUUUUCUGGCCAGAUACUUGAGUUACACAUGCUUACAAAGGUGCAGAGAUGUAUGGCCAGAUCUCAGCAAAAGCUGCCCCAGAAAAACUUCAAUGCAAGCAAGCCACCAAUCCAAUUCCCCCCAAUGGACAACCUUCUCUAUGCAAACUCUCUUGACCAAACAAAAAUCAAUGCCCUUAAAUCCAAUACUAAAACUGUAAACUUUCCUCCAAAUCUUCCAACGAACCCAACAAUUAUUCCUAGUACCAAGGCUAAUAAUAUAUUAUCACCAUAUAUUUUCCAUCCACCUACUCGAAACCAAUGGCUAGUCCCCAUUAAAUCCCCAUCUGAAGGGCUCGUUUACAAGCCUUUUUUUCCGAGUAGUGGCUUUGCCCUUGGAAAUGAAAUUGACCAAGGUUAUAUCCGUCAUUGCACAGUGCCACCGGUAUAUAAUCCAAGUGCUGAGAAUAUUUCAUCCAAAGAGGAGAUAGUGGAAAAGGACUGUCUUGCCCUUUUCCCUAUGACCCCAUCAAGCGAGCUCGUGAAGGAUGCAAAUGAAGGAUCAAAGUCGGGAGUGAUCAGAGUUGUGCCCCACAACCAGAAAUCAGCUCCUGAGUCGGCUGUGCGGAUUUUCGAGUCUCUGCAAGAAGAGAGAAGGCUUCUUCUUCGACUUUCUUCAUGCACGUGACAUGUCACGACUUCUGUUUUCAGACGAGCUCCCGACACACACAGUCCUCACUCGAUCUUCCACGCAUACAGAAAAAGACAAAAAUCGGUACAACAUUUCGAAUAGCUCUGCGUCGAGUAAUACUUGCUAUUCCCGCUACACUCGCUAUCGUCCCCUCUGCUGCUGUUCUCGUCAUCACUCUCCCCACCUUCCCCCUCCCCCGACUUGAAUAUAAAAAGCCCGUGAUUAGCGCCAGCUGGACAAAACAGCCACGCGUGCACGUCCCAGUACACCUGUACCGGCACUUUAUUCACAAGAACCGUCUGAUUCCCCCGAAACUUCCACUGCAGAUUCUUCACAUGCACCAACACAAUCCCAUCAAUGCUAAUCCACAUCUCGGGCUCCCGAGGGCCCGUUAUCGAGCUCUCCACCACAAUCUCGUGCUCUUUCCGCCGCUGGUCAAACCGGGCCCUCGUCGAAAACGAUUUCUUCCCGAAAACAUUCUCCUUCUUGUAGAAAAUCAUGGGCUCAACGAGCGUGGGCCGGGCCUUGGUCCGUUUGUAGGCCUUCUUCUUGAGGUCUCCAAGCAAGAGCACGACUUCCUCUUCAGAAACAAGGGCAACGUAGUAAUCUGACGAGGGCUCGGGCCCGCUGGCGAAUUUGGCUGACCGGAGAUCCCAGUAGGCGUCCAGCUGGCAUCCGUCGACGUCGAGCGUUUUGUAGCCCUUUUUGGCCCAGAAGUGCCAGGGCUUUAGGUCGAUUUUGGAUGUGUAGACGAGGUUUUCUUGUUCGGUGCUGUCGAUUGAGAUGCUGAGGGAGUAGUUCAUGAGGUUCU